AUGCUGUGGCUGGUCUGAUGGUAGUAUUUUAAGCAGAAUUCUGGACAUCGCUAUAGUUUGCCUUGGUGGGAGACGGAUGUUUAAGGUUUAUCCCUGGACUUUCCGCUACUUUAAAGACCGACAUGGAUUUACUGUUCAAGGACAUGCAGCUAAAGUGUCUGGUGCUCUGGAUACUGCGGUCAGCCGUUUGGAUGAUGUCAAGUCGCAGUUUAAGGAGCUCAGCAGCAAGCACGCUGAUGAGUUGUAUAUGGAUGCUGGAAGCUUCCAUCUGCUGACUGUCUGCAUCAUUUUCGAACUGGCUCGGACCAAGAUUUUAUCCCCCCACAUCCAUGCAAUUUGGGAUAAAUUUUUUAAGGUGGUGGUCGAUGCUAUAUCCAAGCAGUACAUUUAAAUCCAAGAUGACAUAAACCCUUCAGCUUUGAUCAAGCAAUGCAACUGAUGAAAAUGUUCCCUUAUCAACACCUAUAACAAUCUCU